GCUUCGCACGAGGCAUCAACACCAGGAAAUUCCUCCGCGCGCGCUUUCAGCGAUGUCCAAUAAACUUCCGCAGAGUUUUCGUUCGGAACUUCCGAACUAAGCGUUCGCAAUGGAAGACUACUUCGUCAAUAACUUCACCGUGGAGUGCACCGAGGAGGUGAUGGGCCCAAAGAGGGACAGUUUGUACAUCGUCAUCCCCAUUAUUGUCAUCUACGGGGUGAUUUUCCUAACCGGGACCAUUGGGAAUAUUAGUACGUGUAUCGUGAUCUCCAAGAACAAGUCAAUGCACACAGCCACAAACUAUUAUCUCUUCAGUUUGGCCAUUUCCGACCUUUUACUGCUGUUGUCGGGUUUGCCACAAGAGAUUUACUUGAUUUAUUCGCGCUACCCUUACAUUUUCGGAAGCGCUUUUUGUUUCCUAAGAGGGAUGUUUGCUGAGACGAGUGCCAAUGCGACGGUAUUGACCAUUACCGCCUUCACCGUUGAGCGAUAUUUGGCCAUUUGUCAUCCUUUCUUGUCGCAUACCAUGUCGAAGCUCUCCAGGGCAGUUAAGCUAAUUUUGGCCAUUUGGCUGGUGGCGGUGGGGUUGGCGGUGCCCCAGGCCAUGCAGUUUGACGUUGUCGGACCUCCGGAUUGUGAACAGUGCGCUUUUGUGAAACCCAUCAUUCAACAUUCUUUUGAAGUGUCGACUUUGUUGUUUUUCGUUCUGCCGAUGAGUCUGAUUACCGUGCUUUACAUUCUGAUAGGACAGAAAUUGAAGUCUUCGACGAUGAUGAAGAAGAGGAAUGUCUUCGGGAGUGCUGCCAGUUCGAGGGUACAGACCAAGUCGUCGAGGAAAGUUGUAAAAAUGUUAGUUGCUGUCGUGGUGGCGUUCUUUAUCUGUUGGGCUCCUUUCCAUGCCCAGAGGUUAUACAGUCUCUACUCGAUGAAGUUUGACGAAUUAAACCAUUCCGUCUAUUUGAAGAUAUACGAAAUUGUCACAUACAUUAGCGGGAUUCUGUACUAUAUGUCUGCGACGAUAAAUCCAAUAUUGUACAACAUCAUGUCUGUAAAGUUUCGUGAGGCUUUUAAGGAAACAUUCUCGCGGUGCUGCUGUUUCCACCAGUUCAAAGCCAGUCGACCUCAAAGAUCCUACUCAGUUCUCUCUCGGUCCGCUCAACGAGGCCCUGAUUCUACAGACUCUGGGAGGGACGACCCUAGUUUACAGUCACACUCCUCCGUUACCCAAAAAACAUCCUUAGAAUCUUACAACGGACUUGUGCAAUCUGGAUUGAGAAGAAAUAAAACUUUUUCAACCUUUCGUGGCGCCGACAUCGAGGAGGAGGCCCCAGCCGAUGCCCCCUGGCUUAAAGACAUGUCAAGCGUCAAAACCUCUUCUGAGGCUACUACUCCCAAGUUCAUAUCGAUUCAUCUCAAUGCCACGACUCCACCUCAUACACUCGGCAAAUUCUGGCAGUAUUUCGAAUGUUUAGCCAAGAGGACUUUCGACGACAGCAAACGUCUCUCGGCUUAUUAUUCUUCCCCCGUGAAAGAACCCAGCAUUUUUAUGGAACUCAAAACCAGCCCUAAGAAGAAUCAAGGUCGAUGCACCAGUCCUUGCGAAAUUAGUAACAGCAGUCUCAAGGAUGUUGAAAACGGGGCCAUCGAAGAUGAAUUAACCACUUACAUGAAAGAAGUGAAGCGGAGAGAGAUUUACAGCUAGCAGGAGUUGUACUUUGAUAAAAAGUUGGCGAAAGGAGAUUUGUGAUUUUUUUGGAAAAAUUCUUAAUGUUUUGUAGGUGUUUUAAUGUGAUGAGUGUAUUAGACGACACAAGGAGCCCAUUUGUUUUCAAAUAUAGUUGCUGGUUCACCUACUUUCAGUUGACUUUUUCCAAUAUACUACAUUCUUGCCACAUUUUUGGUGCUCAUGUUAUUCUAGUCAAUAUUGUUACUUGCGCUAAAAUGUAGGUUAAAAGUUGUUGAGUCUGUAAAUAAAUGUAGUUAGAGUGUUACUUUUGUUGUUGAGAUAAUAAAAAACGAGUUUUUUUAUUUGUAUGAUACGUAUUUUAAUGUGAUAAAUAAUUAUAUUUGUACAAUUGUAUACUUUAAUAAAGUGUUGACUACAAAGUUGA